UGCACACAUGGCGUGUGCAAGUGCGAGGAUGCAGAGGCUAGUAGCUGUGCGUCGGGCGCCUCAAUUGCUGGUCAGCAUGAGAAGAUUUUCAGAAGAGAGACUUCCAACCUUGACCCUGUUCACCAAGAAAUACAGUCCUUGUUCCCUAUGCGAUGAUGCUAAAGAAGUGCUGAAACAAUAUGAAAACGAGUUCAUUUACGAAGAGGAGUACAUAGACUUGGCUGAAAACAAGGAGUGGUUUGAGCGGUACAAAUACGACAUCCCUGUCAUCCAUAUGAAUGGAGACCUCCUCAUGAUGCACAGAGUGGACCAGGACAAGCUCAGAACUGCUCUUGAUUCACUCACGAACAACAAGACAUAGGCACAAUUCAGUUUUUUUCCUGACUGUCGUGUAACAAAUAAAACGAAGACACAUAAAUAAAAACAAUGUUUUCAGCUGUACUCUGAACUCAAAUUAGCAGCGCUGCUACUGUCAGUAUGUGGAGACCUGUUAGGAGAAGAGCUCUCCCAUCUAAAGUACUGGCAGCCCGACCCCCUCCCUCCCGGGCAGGAGAAGAACGGUCUGCCUUGGUUGGGUCCAGGGCUGGUCACAAUCUUCCUCUUGGCCCUCUUGCCACACUUGCACAAUGGUGGAGUCAGUUUUCCUCCGUUGAACGGCUGUGGAGAGUCACAGGACAAAAUUGAGGAGGAGUUGGACCGGAAGCUCUUUGCUCUUAUCCACUUUGUGGUUGAUGGAGUUCGAAAACUGGACCUCCUCUCCAUUUGCUUGGUUGUACUACUGUUAGCGUCUCUGUGAGGCAUACUGGUAUCGAUAGUGGUAGGUGGAAGUGGAGGUUGUUGCUGUACUAGAAGUGGAGUCGGGGUUUUUGGCGUGUGUGUGAGUGAAGGUGAUUGUAAGAGGCGAGGUACUGAUGUACAGGCAGACGUGUGUUGCUGAUGUGUGGAUAGAUUAGCGGUGGUUAUCUCGUGAGUGUUAUGUGGAGGGAGGAGCGUGACUGGUAAAAUGUGGGAGAGAAAGUUUGAUCUCGAUGGUGUGCUGUUGGCUUUGGGGCAGGCCUUUGAAAUGUUGAGUGAUUUGAUCGAACUGCACUUGUCUGCAUGGGUGCAUUGGGUGGUGGUUGGCACUUCUGAAAAGUUGUUCUUCUCAAGUUCAUCAAACUCGUGGGCAAUUCCGUUCAGGAAGCUUUCGUCACUUGGACUUGUUUUUACCUGCCCCUCUUCUGCUGUUAUUUUAUGUAGCUGGGCACCACUGGGUGACUCAAGUGAAGCAUUUUGACUGGUAUUCUCCUCGUCUCCUAGAGUCGGACUUUCCUCAAUUGUUGUGACCGGGUUGAGGGCAUUCAAAGACGGCUGGUUUUCUUGUUUCUGAGCCGUUGAUUCCUCCAUUUUCCUCUCGGCCUCUUUCGACAGGUCUGGAGCUCUGAUGAGUGGAGCUGCUGCCUGAAAUAAAAGGGAAUGUGGCAGUGUAAUAAUACGCGGCUAAAUUUAGAAACAGCUACUAAAGAUUGUGAAAUUUUAGUUGCAUUCUUG